GUGAUCAUGGCCACCAAUCGCAUUGAAACUCUCGACCCCGCCUUAAUCCGGCCUGGUCGUAUCGACCGGAAAAUCGAAUUCCCUCUUCCCGAUGAAAAGACCAAGCGACGAAUUUUCAACAUUCACACCUCUAGAAUGACAUUGGCCGAAGAUGUUAAUCUGCAGGAGCUGAUAAUGGCCAAAGAUGAUCUUUCCGGGGCGGACAUCAAGGCCAUUUGCACGGAAGCAGGAUUAAUGGCGCUGCGCGAGCGAAGAAUGAAGGUGAUGAAUGAAGACUUCAAAAAGUCAAAGGAGAGCGUCUUGUAUAGGAAGAAAGAGGGAACUCCCGAAGGACUCUACUUGUAAACUGUCUACUAUGUAAAACGUUUGGUUUUUUUAAAUUUUCCAUCCCGCCACUACAGGCGUUGUUUUUUACUUUGUAAAACCCAAAAAACCUACUCUUUACGGAAAUGUUUCAAAACGCCGUCAACAUUACAAAAUGUAUUCAUUAUUUCAGUAGAAACGGAUAAACACGUGUAAAUGGAAAAAUAAUAUUAACAUGGCUUAAAAAACAAAUGUAUGCAAUAAA